AUGGAGGACGGCCAUUGUAAAACUGUGGAAGAAGUGAUAAAUUACUUCAACGUCGAUCCCGAUCAGGGACUAAGUCCCGAUCAAGUCAAAAGGAAUCAGGAGAAGUAUGGUCUCAACGAAUUGCCAGCUGAGGAGGGAAAAUCCAUCUGGCAACUCGUCUUGGAACAGUUCGAUGACCUUUUAGUUAAGAUUCUUCUAUUAGCUGCUAUUAUUUCUUUUGUAUUAGCCUUAUUUGAAGAGCACGAGGAUGCAUUCACGGCCUUCGUCGAACCCUUUGUCAUCCUGCUUAUCCUUAUCGCCAAUGCCGUGGUCGGUGUCUGGCAAGAACGAAAUGCCGAGUCUGCGAUCGAGGCGCUCAAAGAAUACGAACCCGAGAUGGGUAAAGUUGUACGAGGGGAUAAAUCUGGUGUUCAGAGGAUUCGAGCCAAAGAGAUCGUGCCUGGCGAUAUUGUAGAAAUAUCAGUCGGUGAUAAGAUCCCAGCCGAUAUCCGUCUGUCCAAAAUCUUCUCGACUACUCUCAGGAUCGAUCAGUCCAUUCUAACUGGAGAAUCGGUGUCCGUGAUCAAGCACACCGACCCUAUACCCGACCCACGCGCUGUCAAUCAGGAUAAAAAGAACAUCUUGUUUUCUGGUACCAAUGUUGCCGCCGGAAAGGCUCGCGGUGUUGUUAUUGGAACCGGCUUAAACACGGCCAUCGGUAAGAUCCGUACGGAGAUGUCGGAGACCGAGGAAAUCAAGACACCAUUGCAGCAGAAAUUGGACGAAUUCGGCGAGCAAUUGUCAAAAGUUAUCUCCGUAAUUUGUGUCGCUGUAUGGGCCAUCAAUAUUGGCCACUUCAACGAUCCAGCUCACGGUGGUUCCUGGAUUAAGGGUGCCAUUUACUACUUCAAAAUUGCUGUCGCUCUCGCCGUAGCCGCUAUUCCUGAAGGCUUGCCCGCUGUAAUCACAACUUGCUUGGCUCUGGGCACCAGGCGUAUGGCCAAAAAGAACGCGAUUGUACGAUCUUUACCAUCCGUAGAGACUCUAGGUUGUACAUCCGUCAUUUGCUCCGAUAAAACUGGCACUCUGACGACUAACCAGAUGUCCGUUAGCCGAAUGUUCAUCUUUGACAAGAUUGAGGGUAAUGAUAGCAGCUUCCAUGAAUUCGAAAUCACCGGUUCGACUUAUGAACCCAUCGGCGAGAUCUUCUUGAGAGGUCAGAAAAUUAGAGGACAAGAUUAUGAAACAUUGCAAGAGAUCAGUACAGUCUGCAUCAUGUGCAACGAUUCUGCUAUCGACUUUAACGAAUUCAAACAGGCAUUUGAGAAAGUUGGUGAGGCUACAGAGACUGCUUUGAUCGUUCUCGCUGAGAAAAUUAAUCCGUUUGGUGUUCCGAAAAGCGGUUUGGAUCGUCGAGCUGGCGCUAUUGUCGUCAGGCAGGAUAUGGAAACAAAAUGGAAGAAGGAAUUCACGCUGGAGUUCUCUCGUGAUCGCAAAUCCAUGUCAUCAUACUGUGUGCCUCUGAAAUCAUCAAAACUAGGAACUGGACCGAAGUUAUUCGUCAAGGGUGCGCCGGAAGGUGUACUUGACAGAUGCACACAUUGUCGCGUUGGUGGUCAAAAGGUUCCUCUGACUUCGACUCUAAAAAACCGCAUUUUGGAUUUGACCCGCCAAUACGGAACUGGUAGGGAUACCUUGCGCUGCCUUGCUCUCGCCACCGCUGAUCAUCCGAUGAAGCCUGACGAUAUGGAUCUAGGCGAUUCCACUAAAUUCUACACAUACGAAAAAGAUCUCACAUUCAUUGGUGUAGUGGGCAUGCUCGAUCCACCUCGUAAAGAAGUAUUUGAUUCGAUUGCUAGGUGCCGCGCCGCUGGCAUUCGCGUAAUCGUUAUUACCGGCGAUAACAAGGCUACUGCUGAAGCCAUUUGCCGACGUAUUGGAGUCUUCGGUGAGGAUGAAGAUACCACCGGCAAGUCGUAUUCCGGACGUGAAUUUGAUGAUCUGCCGACAUCAGAACAGAAAGCGGCUUGCGCUAGAGCUCGCCUCUUCUCUCGCGUAGAACCGGCUCAUAAGUCAAAGAUUGUGGAAUAUUUACAAAGCAUGAAUGAAAUUUCUGCUAUGACUGGUGACGGUGUGAAUGAUGCUCCUGCCUUGAAGAAGGCUGAGAUCGGUAUCGCUAUGGGCUCUGGUACUGCAGUCGCAAAAUCGGCUUCGGAGAUGGUGUUGGCAGAUGACAAUUUCUCUUCCAUCGUAGCUGCUGUAGAAGAAGGCCGUGCCAUCUACAAUAACAUGAAACAAUUUAUCCGUUAUCUUAUUUCUUCCAAUAUCGGUGAAGUUGUCAGUAUAUUCUUGACCGCCGCCCUUGGUCUUCCCGAAGCACUGAUUCCGGUCCAACUUCUGUGGGUCAACUUGGUCACUGAUGGUCUUCCAGCUACUGCUCUCGGUUUCAAUCCACCUGAUUUGGACAUUAUGAGCAAGCCUCCUCGUAAAGCUGACGAAUCCCUGAUUUCUGGAUGGUUGUUUUUCCGUUACUUAGCUAUUGGUGGAUAUGUAGGCGCUGCCACCGUCGGUUCAGCUGCUUGGUGGUUCAUGUACAGUCCAAAUGGCCCUCAAAUGAAUUACUAUCAAGUUACUCACCACUUGGCAUGUAUUGGCGGUGGAAAUGAAUUCAAGGGUAUUAAUUGCAAGAUCUUUGCUGAUCCUCAUCCCAUGACUAUGGCUCUCUCUGUAUUGGUCACCAUUGAAAUGUUAAAUGCCAUGAACAGCUUGUCUGAGAAUCAGUCGCUUAUCAGCAUGCCGCCUUGGUCCAACAUGUGGCUCAUUGCAUCCAUGGCUCUUUCUUUCACACUCCAUUUUGUCAUCUUGUAUGUCGAUGUUCUUUCAUCCGUAUUCCAAGUGUGCCCACUAACGGGUGAAGAAUGGGUUACCGUUAUGAAGUUCUCCAUUCCAGUGGUACUUCUCGACGAAACCUUGAAGUUCGUUGCCAGAAAGAUCACAGACGUGGCACCGCCGGUGAUCGCGCCGAAAUAAAGCUCGAGGAGACGUAGGGCGAAUUUGAGAGACAUCCAAUCAGCCGCAGCCGAGAAAUCGGCCACCCACAGCACAUUACACUCUCGAGCUGCUCGAAGGGACUGGAGACGUCUUUACUUAACAGCCAAAAAAAAACUGAAUAUUUCCCGAGUGAAACCAUAAAGUAUACCCCCCCUCCCACCGACACAACACGCACCGCAAUAAGCACCACGCAUACAUGUGCACACGCACGUUCGUCUGCGUGGUGAUCGGCAAGAUCGAUCUCCCGCAGGAUAAUGAAGAAAUAGAAAACGAGAACGAAUGUACGAGUGUAGUUUUAUGGCGAUUUAUAGCGGUUAUAUGCAGUAUUAAUCGCAGUUGCGUAAAGACCUCGUUCACUUUUGAUUGAUUGUUAUUAUAUGCCAAUAGGUUUCAUCUAAUGAUGUUAUAAUUGUGAUGAUAAGUAAAUAAGGAUAUUGAUUUUAUUCGAAACGCGUUAAAAGAUGUACUUCAUUUUUAUUCGUUAUCUUUCCGUUAUCGAAAGGAUAGCUAUUUGUUACAGCGCGAGAGACGCGUCGGAACGAAAAAAAAUAUUCCUUUACAGAAAGGGAUAGUUAUGUAUAUGUUCGGUCAAUCGACGUUGAUUUGAAACUACAGCGAUCUCAUGACCAUUCCUUUUUACAAAGGAGAUCCGUACAUUCGUUCUAACAAAUCGCAUCCAAUUAAUUCGAGGACCGAUCGUUUCAGACCGCCGAAGUCGAGAGGAAGAUGCCGCCGCAGUGCCGGCUCGAGAGCUAAAAACGUCUGGCUGUUCAACAUUUUUUUUCUUCCCUUUAGUUCGCCACUUAGAUCUCCGCCGCUCGUUAAUCGUUCUCGUGUGUAUUAUGUUACAGUAAAUGAGGUGGUCGUCGACAAGUGGGCUCAGUAAAUGAGUGGGUCGUCGACAGGCGUGAUCCCACACUCCGUCGCCGCUGAGCGCGUGAGGCAAGCUCAACCCGAAAAUAAAAAAAAAAUCCAAACGAAAGAAACUAAAAAAGAUGCAAAGACGAACGAACAAAAGCGUGAAAUAAUCGGCGUGCUUGUGCUCCAUAGAGCGCUGAAAUAACAGAAACGGCAGCAACAGCAGCAGCAGCAACGCACUCGAUAACCACUUAACUACCUGCCAACCUGUAGUUCGGGGAUCCUCCUUCAAGCCCAGGACUCCCCCGAUUGCUGAGUAGAUGCGCUGUACUAUCUCGCCGCUGCUUUUAUUUUUUUUCAUCUUCUCUUCUCCCUCUCCGCAAGAUCGCUGCGCAUGAGAGGUCGUUCGAGUCGAGGUCGUCGUCCUGAGGCCGACGAAAACGAAGCGAACGAACGGCUUUGAGGAAACUCUUCGUCUUCGGUAUCUGGAGCCGCAUAUUAACGUUCUUAACUCAACGACUGUGCCUUCUUAGAGCCGAUUGCGCCAAGGUCGGUCAGUGCUAAUCUCAAUUGAACCACCUUUUCUCCCUCCUUCUGUCCGUGCAAGGUGUCAUUUACAGUCGCGCUCAUAAAAUGUAAGACUUAUCGGCGUUUUAUUAUUAUUGAUAAAAUAAUCGUUUUAUCAAAUUACUUUUUAUUUAAACGACUAAAAGAAACUAAUGUUAGUCAAAAUCUGGAAUAAUUGGAAGGAUCGAGAUCAAUAGACUUUCCUUUCACAUUUAACACUUCGUAGGACAGAAUUUGGGUAAAAGAUUAGCUGAUUCGGACCGUCGGUGCAAUUCAGCUUUAAUUUCCUACCCGAGCGAGGAACGAUAACUGAUCGCGAGAAAGUAGGAAAGCGCUGCCUUGUAAUCCAUUUUUAAUCCCUAAUGCCUUGGGCGCAUAUUAAUGCACAUAUCGCAAUCUUAACGGCCACGCAUUCCUCUUUUUUCUAAAUCCAAGUAAUUGUAAAUCAAUCACUGAUGCUUCUGAAAAAUAUUCCGAAAGUAAUCAGACAGCUUUAUUAAAGACGACAGCUUGCCUGAAAGUGAGAUUUUUAGAGUAAGAACGUAUUCGAUACGUAAGGAUCGAGAAAGAGAAUCGAUCUGGUCGAGAAUCUCAUUA